UCCUUUAAUCUGUCAGCAUCAAUACUUCGUCCAGUUUAUUGCAAAAAUCAAUAAAGAACGAUGUUGGAAAACGAGAGAUUGCUUCAGAAUUCUUUCAUAUUUCAACUUCCACUCCAACAUAAUUCUGAGGAGCUCGCUUCAUCAGUUCCACGAAGUUUCUCUUUGAAUGAAUCAUCGAAUCGCGGCAAUUGGCAAAAUAGAGAGCUCAAGAGAGAACGGUGGAGUGUAAGAAAAUGGACGAAAUAUUGUAUAUUUGCUUUCGCUUUCUCUUCAUUUACAUCGUAAAUUGAAGACCACUAUUCUCUUUGUUCUCAUCGCUGAUUCAUUGGCGCCAAAGACAAACGACACUUUUUCACCAAAGUAACCGGCGUUAGAGCUGUCAGCUGAAUUCUGAAAGGGGUUCCCCCCCUUUUGACACCCAUUAAUUCACCCCAUUUCUCUUUGCGCUGUGAAUUUUGAGUAUUCUUUCCGGUUGAUUUGUUGAAUUUAUAGUAUACCUGUGCUUUUUUUCUGCAAUUGUACUCGUUUUGAUUUACUGGGUCAGUUGAUUUUUCAUGGUUGAGUUCGUAUUCUUCACGAGCAUCGUGAAAUUGGAGAGAGAGAGCGACUGAGAGAGCUAGAGAGGGAGGGGGUUGAGAAAAGAAAGAUGUUCAUACUUUUGGUAAAAAAGCAAAAGUAGUUUUGCCGUAUGUAACUUUAUCUGAUUGGGAUUCCUCACUUGUUUUUGUUAACCUUUUCUUUUUCAAAUAGCAAUUUACUAGUGGAACCGACAUGGUUUUAGAGAGAUAGAACAUAGGGGAAAUAUACUUGGGUUCAGUUGGUAUGGAGUUUUGACAUUCCUAGAGUUUCUUAUCAUGGCGGUCGUGAGUGCUAUGCAAGCAACUACUCCUCGAGUUGGUCCAAUUAAUUAUGCCGAAGCUUCACCAAUUAUGAUCAGCUCAAGCAGAGAAAUUGUAGAAGAGCCUGUGGGAGCUAUUAGUGAAGAUAUAAUUUAUGUUGCUGUUGGGAAAGAUGUGAAAGAGUGCUUAUCAGUUUUGAGAUAUGCACUAAAAUCCUCACGUGGGAAGAAGAUUUGCCUCCUUCACGUUCAUGUACCUGCACAGAUGAUUCCAUUAAUGGGAACCAAGUUUCCCGCGAAUUCAUUGGAGAAAGAGGAGGUGAAGGCAUAUCACGAAUUUGAGAAGCAAAAUUUGCCGAGGGUCAUGAACGAGUAUAUUCUUUACUGUCUUCAAGAAGGGGUUCAUGCUGAUAAACUAUAUGGUGAAGCUGAGUAUAUUGAAAAGGGAAUAGUUGAUAUGAUUUCCAUGCACAGGAUCGAUAAGCUUGUUAUGGGAGCAGCUGUAGACAAGUGUUAUUCAAGGAAAAUGGUGGAUUUGAAGUCUAAGAAAGCCAUCUACGUGCGUUCACAGGCACCGGCUUUCUGCCACAUUGAGUUUAUUUGCAAGGGUAACCGCAUCUGCACCAGGGAGGGUAUGUCAGAUGAAGCUCAAGUGGAAACCAUCAUCUCAUCUCCACAAAUAAGUCCAGACGCUGAAUCCUCAGAAGUUACCCACCGGAGAUCUCAGUCAUUGCCACUAGGACAGGUUAAUAGCAGGGAAGUGGGAAGCCCGUCUUCCAGUUUACGUCCUAAAAGGAGAUCAUUGCUUCUUGACCAUUUUCGAGGGAACAUACUCGAUCCUUCUUCUCCAGAUAUUAAGAAUGGGGUUCAUGCUGCAAAACACUUGGAUGUUAACGAGGCUAUGGAUGAAUGGGGUUUAUUAACAAGGAGAAGUCCUUCUGAAAGGUCAGAAAAUUCCAUACGCUCUCCUCGUGGUGUGAUUGAUAUGGCUCCAUCCCCAUUUUUUAGGGUUGAAUUAUGUGCAAAUGGGCUGGAGCAGGAUGGGAAAACCAGUGACAACCUUUACAAUCAAUGUGAGCGGGUGAUGAUGGAAGCUGCAAAUGCAAGGCGUGAAGCAUUUCUAGAGGCAAUUGCACGUAGGAAAUCCGAGAAAGAAACUGUUAACGCUCUACACAGGGUCAGAGCUGCAGAAGGGUUGUAUGCCGAAGAACUGAAACAAAGGAAGGAGGUUGAACAAGAGCUAGCGAAGGAAAAGGGGAAACUUGAAAGUAUAAAGACACAAUUGAAUGAAGAGAUGGAAAAGCUCCGGAUAGCUCAAGAUGAGAAGGCAAGUCUAGAGAGAGAUCUUUUAGAAUCCGAUCUAACCGCAAAGGAGUUGGAGCAAAAGAUUCUUUCUGCUGUUGAGUUGUUACAGAGUUACAAAAGAGAGCGAGAGGAGUUGCAAAUUCAUCGCGAUAGUGCACUUAGAGAAGCAGAGGAGCUUAGAAAAAAUCAAUCCACAGGCCGAGACCUUACACAGUUCUUCACCGAGUUCCCUUUUCGGGAGAUCGAGGAAGCAACUAAAAACUUUGAUCCCUCGCUGAAGAUUGGAGAAGGGGGAUAUGGAAGUAUAUUCCGAGCUAACUUGCGUCAUACCAUGGUGGCUAUAAAAAUCCUACAUUCUGAUAGCUCUCAAGGCCCCUCUGAAUUUCAACAAGAGGUUAAUGUAUUGAGUAAGAUGAGACAUCCCAAUCUUGUCACGCUCAUUGGUGCCUGUCCGGAAGCUUGGGUUCUCAUCUAUGAAUACCUCUGUAAUGGAAGCCUCGAAGAUAGGCUAAGCUGCAAGGAUAAUACUCCACCUUUAUCUUGGCAAACACGAAUACGCAUUGCCACUGAGUUAUGCUCAGCCCUUAUGUUUCUUCACUCGAGUAAGCCCCACAGCAUCAUUCAUGGUGACUUGAAACCUGCAAAUGUAUUACUUGAUGCAAAUUUUGUAUGCAAGCUUGGCGACUUUGGAAUUUGUCGCUUAUUGUCUCGGGAUGAAAUGCUAAACAGCGAAACCCUUGUUUGGAGAACUGACAACCCCAAGGGGACUUUUGCUUACAUGGAUCCUGAAUUCCUUUCAUCUGGAGAGCUAACAACAAAGUCAGAUGUUUAUUCAUUCGGGAUAAUCCUUUUGCGGUUAUUGACCGGUAGGUCUGCAGUGGGAAUAGCAAAGGAAGUGCAAUAUGCGAUGGGAAAUGGAAAGUUAGAAUCCAUUUUGGAUCCUUUAGCAGGAGAUUGGCCAUUCGUGCAGGCCGAACAGCUUGCUCGAUUGGCAUUGAGGUGUUGUGAUAUGAAUCGAAAGAGCCGCCCUGAUCUCAUUACUGAUGUCUGGAGGGUGCUUGGACCAAUGAGGGCUUCCUGUGGGGGCCGAUUGUCCAUCCAGCUUGGUUCUGCAGAACACUCUCAACCUCCCUCUUAUUUUAUCUGCCCCAUCUUUCAGGAAAUUAUGCAAGAUCCACAUGUAGCUGCAGAUGGUUAUACAUACGAAGCAGAGGCUAUACGAGGAUGGCUAGACAGUGGACACGAAACUUCGCCAAUGACGAAUCUUAGGCUUGAGAACCGCAACCUCGUCCCAAACCGUGCUCUUCGUUCUGCCAUCCAGGAGUGGCUCCAUCAUAACUGAAACAUUCCCAUUUGUCAGUCACCAAAAACGAAGAUUGAGUAAAGGAAAAUAAAAGAGGGGGAGGAAAUCACUGUAUCUGCAACUAUACUUCUUUCUUAUUUCUCCCUCUCUUCUGUUUUCCUUUAGUAUUGAGUUAAUAUUUAUUGUGUUUUCUAUAGCUUAUACUAAAGAAUGCCAUCUAUUUGGAUACUUAUUUGUGAUAAAGAAAACACUAAGCUGUGUGCCAUUUGUAUAUAAAAAACAUGGAUUUUUGCCUCUCUUGUACUUA